UCAACAAGUCCCUUUAUGGCCUUAAGCAAGCCUCUCGCAGCUGGUUCCAUAAAUUUUCCACUGCCAUAAGUCAAGCCGGCUACCAGCAGUCAAUGGCCGACUACUCCCUAUUCACUAAGGUGCGUGGAAAUUCGUUUACAGCCGUCUUGCUUUAUGUUGACGACAUGAUUAUCACAGGCAACGAUGAGGUUGCCAUCCAUGACCUCAAGCAAUUUCUUCAAUCCCAUUUUCGCAUUAAGGACCUUGGACACUUAAAGUACUUCCUUGGUGUGGAGGUGGCUCGGUCUUCUCAAGGAAUUGCCAUCUCACAACGUAAAUAUACACUUGACAUUAUUGAUGAGGCCGGCUUACUUGGUGCAAAGCCUGCAAAGUUCCCAAUGGAAGAAAACUUGAGAUUAUCUCCAACGGAAGGGCAACUUCUCCAUAAUGCCUCGCAAUACAGGAGGCUUGUUGGGAAACUUAUUUAUCUCACAAUCACGAGGCCGGAGAUUUCAUACUCGGUCCAUAUACUCAGCCAAUUUAUGCAACAACCAAGAAAGCCUCAUCUAGACGCGGUGCAUCGUCUUCUACGAUACUUAAAGGGGUCACCUGGACAAGGACUUCUUUUUCCUUCAAAUGGGAGUUUGACGUUGAAGGGAUAUUGCGACGCCGAUUGGGCUCGCUGUCCACUUACAAGAAGAUCUGUCACAGGCUAUUGUAUUUUUCUUGGAGGUGCACUAGUUUCUUGGAAAACCAAGAAACAAUCUACCGUUUCGAGAUCCUCAGCUGAAGCGGAGUAUCGUGCCAUGGCUUCAGCUACAUGUGAGCUUACGUGGAUGAAGUACCUAUUGGCUGAUCUGCAAAUUGAUCACAAGGGUCCGGCAAAGUUACACUGUGACAACCAAGCUGCACUCCACAUAGCUGCCAAUCCCGUUUUUCACGAACGCACCAAACACAUAGAGAUCGACUGCCAUGUUGUUCGUGAACGACUGCGCUCUGGGGUUAUUUCGACAACCUAUGUACCUACUGGACAGCAGCUUGCCGAUAUAUUCACCAAGCCACUUGGACAGUCAGCAUUCCGUUCUCUACUUGGCAAGAUGGGUGUUCUUGACAUUCACACUCCACCUUGAGGGGGAGUAUUGGACGACAAUAUCGUCCCCUUGAUAUUAGGAGUAGAUUUGAUCCGUAUGAAUCAAUGUAAAUCAUCUUUGUUUCCUUCCUAGAAUAGACUUCCUUGUAUUAUAUAAGUCUUGUAUUAUAUAAGUCUUGUACUCAAUUGUAAGUGAAUAAGUAUUAUUCAAAGUUGAU